AUGGUUGCUGGAAAUGAGUUCCUGGUGAGCUCGGUUACUGAGCUUCACCGGAAAGAGAAACAGAAGAAGAAAGGCAAAUCCGGAGGAUUCGAGUCGCUAAACCUCGGCCCCAAUGUCUUCAACGCAAUCAAGAAGAAAGGUUACAAAGUCCCAACACCGAUCCAGCGGAAGACGAUGCCGCUCAUCCUCUCCGGCGUCGACGUCGUCGCAAUGGCUCGAACCGGUUCCGGAAAAACCGCAGCUUUCUUAAUCCCAAUGCUCGAGAAGCUCAAACAACACGUUCCUCAGGGUGGCGUUAGAGCUCUCAUCUUAUCGCCGACUCGCGAUUUGGCUGAGCAGACUCUAAAGUUCGCUAAGGAGCUCGGAAAAUUUACAGAUCUUCGUGUGACCUUACUGGUUGGUGGAGAUAGCAUGGAAGGCCAAUUCGAGGAGCUAACAAAGAGCCCUGAUGUGCUAAUUGCAACUCCUGGUAGGCUUAUGCAUCUAUUAGAUGAGGUUGAUGACAUGUCACUUAGGACUGUUGAGUAUGUGGUUUUCGACGAGGCAGAUAGUCUCUUCGGUAUGGGAUUCGCCGAGCAGCUGCAUCAGAUUCUAGCUCAGUUAGGUGAGAACAGGCAGACUCUGCUCUUCAGUGCCACUUUACCAAGUGCUCUCGCUGAGUUUGCUAAAGCUGGUUUGCGUGAGCCUCAGCUUGUUAGGUUAGAUGUUGAGAACAAGAUUAGUCCUGACUUAAAGCUCUCGUUUUUAACUCUACGUCCUGAGGAGAAGUACGCUGCGUUGAUAUACUUGGUUAGAGAGCAUAUAAGCUCAGAUCAACAGACGUUGAUAUUCGUUUCGACUAAGCAUCAUGUGGAGUUUGUGAACUCGCUGUUUAAGCUGGAGAACAUCGAGCCGUCUGUGUGUUACGGUGAUAUGGAUCAAGACGCGAGGAAGAUCCAUGUGUCGAGGUUCAGAGCGAGGAAGACUAUGCUGUUGAUUGUGACGGAUAUCGCUGCGAGAGGUAUUGACAUACCGUUGCUUGACAAUGUUAUAAACUGGGACUUCCCUCCGAGGCCGAAGAUCUUCGUGCAUCGUGUUGGUAGAGCUGCUAGGGCGGGACGUACAGGCUCUGCGUACUCGUUUGUCACGCCUGAGGACAUGCCGUACCUGUUGGAUCUUCAUCUGUUUCUCUCGAAACCGAUCAGGCCUGCACCGACUGAGGAUGAGGUGUUGAAGAACAUGGAGGAAGUGAUGACGAGAACCAGUCAAGCAAUUGAGAGUGGAGUCACUGUUUAUGGUCGUUUCCCUCAGCAGACUAUCGAUCUUUUGUUUAACAGAAUCCAGGAAGUGAUUGAUGCAUCUGCAGAGUUGGAUUCUCUUGAAAGAACAUCCAAGAAAGCGUUUCGGUUGUAUACGAAAACAAAGCCAGCACCGUCUAAAGAGUCCAUUAGGAGAGCUAAGGAGUUACCACGAGAAGGGUUGCAUCCAAUCUUCAGAAGCAUUAUUGAAGGUGGGGAAUUAGAGGCAAUGGCAUUUUUUCAGAAAAUUAAAAAUUUCAGACCCAAGCAGACUAUACUUGAAGCAGAAGGGGAAGCUCUCAAAUUCAAAAAUGUGAAGGGUCCUCCUGGGGAAUGGAUGGAUGUGAUGAAGAAGAAGAGGGCCAUUCAUGAGGAGAUCAUUAAUACGAGACAUCAGCAGAAGCAGAAGACUUCCAAUAAUCAUUUGGAGAUGGAAGCUGAACCUGAUACCACUAUUAUGGAGGAGGACAAGAUAACAGGAAGCAAAGUAGGCGGUGUAAAAAGAAAGGCACAACAAAUCUUCAAGGACGAAGAGUCCUAUAUCAGCUCCAUACCAGCAAAUCAUCAUUCGGAGGCAGGGCUAUCUUUGAGGGGUAACGAAGGGUUUAGUUCAAAUAGGUUGGACGAUGCGGUUCUAGAUCUUGUUGCAGAUGAUGGCCAAGGCAUGAAGCAGCAAAAAGGAUCGUAUCACUGGGACAAGAAAAGUAAGAAGUACAUCAAGUUGAACAAUGGAGACCGAGUAACUGCCAGUGGAAAGAUAAAGACGGAGAGUGGAGAUAAAGUGAGAGCAAGUAAGAAAGGGUUCUACAAGAAAUGGCAAGAGAAAACUCACCAGAAAGUAUCUAGCCGAGAGGACGGUGAUGGAGACGAUACAAGAAGCAUGUCAGGUAGAGGUGGCCGAGAAGGAAGAGGCAGCCGAGAUGGGAGAGGCAAGCAAGGAUCAGUGCCUAAUGCGCAUGUACGUUCAGAAAUCAAAGAUCUGGAGCAGGUGCGUAAGGAGAGGCAGCAAAAGGCGAACAAAGUGUCUUAUCUGCAAAGCAAGAGAGGUGGAAGAGGUGGUGGGGCCAGAGGAGGGGCCAGAGGAGGUCGUGGUGGAAGGGGUGGCAGCAGCAGGGAAUUUGGUAGUGGAGGCGGGAGAGAUUUUGACAGUAGAAGCUCUAGAGGUGGAAGAGGAGGCGGUGGAAGCGGGAGAGAUUCUGGCGGUCGCCGUGGUGGUAGUAGUAGUAGAGGUGGCUCUGGCAAGAGAGGAGGAAGAGGAGGAGGAGGGAGAGGAAGAGGAAGAUAA